GAUCGGGAGCCACAUCCCGCAAAGGAGGAGCGGGGCCGGGCACGGCAGCGGGGCGGCGGCGGGGCCCGAGCCCAGCGCCCGAGCUCCAGCAGCGGGGCCGCCCCGCGCCGCCGCCGCCCGCACGAUGUGGUGGGACGAGCGGGUGUCGGCGCGGUUCCGCAGGAACCUGCAGCCCACCCUCACCUACUGGAGCGUCUUCUUCAGCUUCGGCCUCUGCAUCGCCUUCCUGGGGCCCACGCUGCUGGACCUGCGCUGCCAGACCCAGAGCUCGCUCUCGCAGAUCACCUGGGUCUUCUUCUCGCAGCAGUUCUGCCUCCUGCUCGGCAGCUGCCUCGGAGGGGUCUUCAAGAGGACGCUGGCCCAGUCCCUGCUGGCCCUGUUUGCCUCGUCCCUGGCCAUCUCGCUGGUGUUUGCCAUCAUCCCCCUGUGCCACAACGUGGUGGUGCUGGCCGUGGUCAUGGCCGUGGCCGGGCUGGCCAUGGGCUGCAUCGACACCAUCUCCAACAUGCAGCUGGUCAAGAUCUACCAGAAGGACUCUGCCAUCUUCCUGCAGGCCCUGCACUUCUUCGUGGGUUUCGGGGCGCUGCUGAGCCCCCUGAUCGCCGACCCCUUCCUGUCGGACACCAACUGCAUCCUGGCCAACGGCACGGCCAACGCCUCCAGCAACCUCCCGCACAUCCGCAAGUCCCUGGUGCCACACCACCCCGGCAACCUGUCCCACUACGACCUGCCCAUGAAGGGCAUGGUGGUGACACGCGUGUCCUACGCCUUCUGGAUCAUGGCCCUCAUCAAUCUGCCGGUACCCAUCGCUGUGUUCUUCCUGCUCUACAAGGAGCGGAUGGUGCCCUGCUUCAACGGCAGCAGCCACCCGCUGCUGUCAGCUGACGAGCUGGCCCUGGAGACACGGCCUGGGGACAAGGACGAGCUCUCCGCCGCUGGCCAGAGACCCCACACAGCCGCAGGUCACGAGGAUUUGUUCAGCUGCUGCCAAAGCAAGAACUUCCAAGGGGUUUCCUUCACCUAUUUCGCCGUGCACAUCACCGGGGCUCUGGUUCUCUUCAUGACUGACGGGAUCGUGGGAGAGUACUCAGGCUUCGUGUACAGCUACGCCGUGGAGGAGCCGCUGGCCGUGGUGCACAAGGUGGCCGGGUACCUGCCCAGCCUCUUCUGGGGCUUCAUCACCCUGGGCAGGCUCAUCUCCAUCCCUGUGUCCUACAGGAUGAAGCCAGCCACCAUGGUCUUCAUCAACGUGGUUGGGGUCCUCAUCACCUUCCUGCUGCUCCUGAUUUUCUCCUCCAGCGUGGUUUUCCUGUUUGUGGGCACAGCAUCCCUGGGGCUGUUCCUCAGCAGCACCUUCCCCAGCAUGCUGGCCUACACCGAGGACAUCCUGCAGUACAGAGGUUGUGCCACCACCGUGCUGGUGACUGGAGCUGGCAUUGGAGAGAUGGUGCUGCAGCUGCUGGUGGGCUCGAUUAUCCAUGAUCGAGGCAGCUACAGUUUCCUGGUCUGUGGGAUGAUCUUUGGAUGCUUGGCCUUCACCUUCUACGCCCUGCUGGUGUUUUUCCACAGGAUGUACCCCAAGCCCUCCGCAGAGCUGGACGAGGCCUCCCCGGAGAAAGCAGCAGUGCCCGAGGACACGGGGCAGUACCAGCGCUGAGGGAGGGCCCGGCUCUGCACAAGCAAUAAACCAGCCCCAAUUAAGCAUUUCUCCCAAGGGUGAUUUCACAUUUAAUGAACUGAAUCAUGCAAGUUCUCUGCAAUCAAAAGCACAGUAGGUGGGGUAAGGCAGAAUCGAGGAAAUCCAGCCCAAAAUGUCGAGCUGAGCACUGGGGUUGUGCCAAAAAUCCUGCCAGCCUGAUCCCUGGGACUAAAAGCAGGGACAUUUGCACAGCAGUUCCUCCUGCAAAUGAAGUUUUUUCUCCUGCAAAUGAAGUUUUUUUCUCCUGCAAAUGAAGUUUUUUUCUCCUGCAAAUGAACUUUUUUUUACCUGCUCAGGACAGAGAGUGAAAAGGAAAAGCUGCUCUCUGCUCCUCAUCCAAGACUGAAUGUCUCCUGGCUUGAAUAGAUUUUAUUUCUGGCCUGUGGUGCACAGGAACCCACUGGAAUUUGCAGCACAAUCCUGGGUUUUCAUUCGUUUUUGUGACUAGUUCUGUGCCACCUCCCUUGAUCCUUCCCAAGGGGGGAAGUCCCACAGUGGCAGAGCCCCCCAGGUGCACACAGGCAGCAGGGCCUGUCUCUAUUUGCACACUUAAUUCCUGUAUAUUCCACACUCUAAACAGUGUCUUACUCAGCAUGCUCAGGCCUCUUAAAUGAUUUUA